CUUUAGUCCACACGUGUGUUAUCAACUGAUUACAAAUUCCGUAUCUAUUAAUUAAUAGUUUAUAUCGAAUAAGUAUCAUUCAGUCUGUGCACGUCAGAAAAAGUCAACAUGUUGCGGGUUGUGGCUUACGUCUGCGCUCUCCUGGCACUAGCUCACGGACAGACCACCAAUGUACAAACAUGUACUUAUCAUUCUGGGCCACUACCGAUUAACGCUUUCAUAGAAGGAUGCUUGGAUCCGCCUUGUGUUUUUCCUCAGAACACAUAUGCAGUCAUAAACGUUAUAUUCAGAGCACCGCGCACCAUUCAUACAAUGACCACUCAUGCCACAGCAUUUAUGUUAUUUCCAAUCUUAUACCCUCUCGGAGAGGCAAGACACACAUGCAAUUACCUCACUAACACCUACUGCCCUCUCGUUCAAGAUGAGAUUGUGCAGUACACCCUGCAAAUGUUCAUACAACCAUCAUUCCCGGUGGGCACCAGUCUACCAGUGGAGUUCAGGAUUACAGAUGAUACAAAUACGAGCCUGAUGUGCAUCCGUGUACCUCUCACGGUUGCACCUCCACUACCGGCACUCAGUGAUGACGUUUCUGCUCGUAAUGUUACUCAUGUACAAUCUUAAGGCUAUAUAUUGUAAAUGAUAUUUUCGAUACAUUAAUGAAACAAUGAAUUUAUUUUUGUAAAAUCUACUAUCCUACUAUUACAUAUUAUAUUAUUGAUUAU